AUGAAAACCUUUAUAAAAAAACCCUGUGUAUGGGUUAAAUACACAAAAACAAACCAAAAACCAAAAACCAAAAACCUUUGUGUGAUGAAUAGUUACACAAAACAACACAUCCUAUCUUUGGUUCAACCAUUGGAUAGGGAUACUAUCAAUAUUAAAAGGCCACCAGAUACAAAUGGUUCGUCAAUUGACGAAUACAUAGCUUCUCCUUAUUGA